CUGGGGAGACGUUGCCGCAAGCGGUUAUUUGGCGCGGCCUAAGGCAAGCCAAACACGUUAUCCAAAUAAGUUAUAAGAACAGCAAUAACGGUAAUUAGCAGAUGAAGAACAGAUGCUUCAGUUAACAAACGGCAAUCAGAUAAAUUCGCCAGACUGUGUCUGUGUGUGCGUGUGUCUGCCUGUGGGCGUGUGUGCUUUUGUGUGUUUAGGAAUGUGGUCUGAAGAAAGGUUCGCAUUGAACGGCCGUCAAAUCGAUAGCCAAAUCAAUAACACGGCGCGCGCAAAUGAACACUGCUAGAGAUGAGCGCGUGUCGCGGAAGGAAAUCUUAAAGAAAGCACGAGCGAAUUUCGGAGACACGUGAAAUUCUAUAAUAAUUGUGCGUAACAUAAAUAUUUUUCUUUUGUAUACUCUAAAAUAUUGUGCAAACGUGUGUGUGACAUGCACAAGCAUAUGGUGUUGAUGUGUUUAUGAUGAAUGAAUAUCGAAGAAGCGUUCGAAUUGCGUAAAGACUGGGUAUCUCCUGGUCGAGUCAGCUCAACUGGAGUAUUCUUUAUUGUUUUAAUUGUGAAGUGGUGCCACGCCCUAUUUAUGUACAGAUCUGCUACGUAUGUACAUUUUAGCACACAUACACACACAAUUACAUAAUGUAUACAUAAAAAAACAUAUCCAUAUUGCACAAUGUCACUGCUGCUGCUGGUCAUCGUGUCACGUUGGAAAAGCACGCAACUCGCAUCGCACGCGCCCAUCUCAAUUAACGAGUCUUUGAAAACGACAUAAAAGAUAACGGUAAAACACAGCCAAGAACAGACGCCUAAUCGAAACUGUAGACGAACUUGGUGCACGACACCAGAGACUGUAGACCCCAGAGGGCAGUGCCAAAAGACGCAACGUCAUCAAAAAAGAGAAUAUAGAAAAACAGAUUUCUCGAAAUUGAAUUUAUUUUUUAAAACGAAUUCUUUUUUUUUGCAUUUUUGUGUUCUGCAUUUGUUGCCCUUGUGAAAUUGAUACCAAUUCGCGGAAGUUUCCACUUGUCAUUAUCAAUUAGACAAGUGUCUUACAACAACAACAACAACAACAACAAAGUCAACACUACAAAGUCAACGAGCAGCACGCAACAUAGCCACAGUCGGGUCGCAGUCGACGCUGCCGCAACGUUGCCAAUAUUAUUAAUUGUCCAGCAUUAACCCAAUUGAUAAAGGACACACACAGACACUCCAAGACACACAGUCGCUCAGAGACAACAUGGCACUGGAGCAGAAGGAGCUCGUGCCGUUGCCCGACAUGGCCAUCAUCUGCAAGGAUCUGGGCAAGACCAAUCUUCAGACCACCGACAGCAACAGUGCCAAGCACAACAUAAGCAGCAACAGCAACAGCAACAAUAACAAUGAUAAUAAUAAGAUCCAUAGCAAAUCGCAUAAGCGCAAAGAGAGCAGUCUGCCGCUGGGUGAACGUCAUUUGGCCGUUCUUCGGCAGGAGCUGAUGGUAUUCCUGGGAAACAGCGGUGUCCUUGGCGCAGGCAUGGUCAUCAGCAUGCCCAGCGUUACCCUCAAUCAGCUGCGCGACGAUACGCAACCUUUCUGGCUGGACAAGGAUGAGGCUAGCUGGUUCGCGUCCAUCAAUAACAUGGCCUGUCCGUUGGGCGGGCUCAUGGUUGGCUUCUUCCUGGAUCGCAUUGGGCGCAAGUACACAAUUCUGCUGACGAAUCUGAUUGGCCUGCUUGGCUGGCUGCUGCUGGCGACGAGUUUUCUGUACUGCAAUCGAGAUUACGUAUACGCACAGAUGCUAUUGGGUCGCGCAUUUGGCGGGAUCAUGAUUGGCAUGUUUGUCUCACCGGUGGGCGUCUACUCCGCCGAGAUCAGCUUGCCCAGCAUUCGGGGACGACUGAUAUUGGGCACCUCGAUUGGCUUGGCCUCCGGCAUACUGCUAAUGUAUAUACUGGGCUACUUUAUACGCCAAAACGUAGUGCUCAUCGCGAGCAUCAGCUGUGUCUAUCAGCUGGCCGCCACACUGCUUGUGAUGCCCAUGCCGGAGUCGCCCAGCUGGCUCCUGCAGAAGGGUCGCAUCGAGUUGGCGCGCCGAUCGUUGCGCUACUUUCGCGGACUGCGGAGCAAGGAUGACGACUGCGUGCCGGAGUUCGAGGCGGAGCUGAUACAAAUGAAAAUGACGGCGGACAACAGCCGCGAUACGGCGGCCAGUGAAUCCAUUUUCCAGGCCAUUCGCCGCCCGGAGGUCUACAAGCCGCUGCUCAUGAUGAUUGGUUUCUUUGGGUUUCAGCAGGCCUGUGGCGUCGUUGUUAUCAUUGUGUAUGCGGUGCAGAUUGCCCAAACGGCUGGCGUUACCAUCGAUCCCGUGCUGGUUGCCGUCAUGCUGGGUGUCGCCCGCAUUAUCACCACCCUCCUCAUGACCAGCAUCUUUGAGAGAUGGGGCCGCCGGCCGGCGGGCCUCUUGUCCGCAACGGGAAUGGCUGUUUGCAUGGUGCUACUAGCCGCCGGCGGCUGGUGGCCAGCAACAGUGGGCACCUGGUCGUGGCUGCCAGUGGUGUGCAUUGUAGCGCACAUUGUGUUCUCGACGAUGGGCAUGUUGACGCUACCGUUUAUCAUGAUAUCGGAGGUGUUUCCGCAGAGUGUGCGUGGCAGUGCAUCGGGAAUUUCCGUGUUCUUUGGCAUGAUAUUGGCAUUCAUCUGCUUGAAGAUCUACCCGAACUUGGAUGCGCUGCUGGGCACUGCCAAUCUGUUCGCCUUCUAUGCCAUGGUCUCAUUUCUGGCCGCCGCCUUCAUCUACAGCUUUGUGCCGGAGACGCGCGGACGCACGCUUAUCGAAAUCGAGGAGCACUGGCGCAUGGGUAGGCGGGGCAGGCGAGCGCAACGGGCGCAACGGGCGUCCGCUGUUGCGGUUAACAAUCUGAAGGAUGUGGAGUUGCACGAGGUCUUCCUGAAGAAAUGAAUACGACGCUGCUCGUGCGAAUGCAAUCUGUGAUGUGUGAAGUACUUAGCCUUAGUCAAAAGGAAUGCGGCCUUUUCAUGGGCAAACAACAACAAGAAAAGAAGUUAACUAAUAAAUAUACUAUAUAAAUAAAUACAAA